AUGCCGAUAGCCCCGUACGACGGACAGUAUGUGUUAAAGCCCGAUGUGGGCUAUGACGUACGCAACGUGGCAGGAAAGAGUGUAGUCAUCACCGGCAGUGCCAGUGGAAUGGGCAGAGAAAUGGCCAAGGCUUUCGCAGCCGCUGGUGCAUUUGUCACGAUUGGAGACAUACAGACCAGUGGCCAGCAGCUGGCUGAGGACCUCGGGGACGACCGGGCGGCUUUCGUGAAAUGCGAUGUGACAAACUGGGCCGAUCAAGUGAAUCUAUUCAAGACUGCGCUCGCUUGUUCUCCGUCUCACCGAGUGGACACCGUCAUUGCUCAGGCCGGAAUAUCUGGGAGAGAUUCUCUCUACUGGGAUGACAGCAAGGCAGAUGAUGAGCCCAUCGAACCGGACCUCAAGGUCUUACGCACGAAUCUCAUCGCCUGCAUCUACACAGUGAAGCUGGCUCUGCAUUAUAUGACACGGACGCCGGACCAUCAGAAGCACGACCAGUGCAUCAUCCUGAUGAGCAGCAUAGCCGGAUAUUGUGACCAGCCGGGCACGCCAAUCUACUGCGCGUCCAAACACGGAAUCCGAGGCAUUAUGACCAGUCUUCGUCGUACUGUGCACAAUCAAGGCAUCCGUGUGAAUAUGCUCGCUCCAUGGUACGUCCGGACACCAGCAAUUCCAGCGGAGAACCAGGCUCGACUAUCCAACAAAGGGAUUAUCUGGGCAAAGUCCGCAGAUGCGGCGACAGCAUCCCUGCACAUUGCUUCAGACUCUAUGCUGAAUGGCCGCUGUGUCGCAAUCUUACCUAGAGACAAUGAUCCUCGAGGGUAUAUGGACAUGGGGAAGGACGACUUUGCUGGGGAUGAUCUUGCAUGCGAGUGGCAGAGGGCUAUGAUAGCGGCUAGCCACAGGGCUUAG